UCAUCAUUUCUUGUAGACAACCGCAACUCUCUCUGCUUCAUACAUUUGUCUCACAAUCAUGAUCUCCUAAAACACAUCCACUUUCAUGGUAAUAACAAAAAAAAAAAUGUUUUAACACAUAUUUCCAUUUUUGUGGUAAAUUUGAUCAAAGUGCAAUGAAUGCAUAGGUGAGUGGUCUUCUUGUAGUAACCAGAGAAAGCAUUUUGGUUUUUUGAGGUUGCAUUGUUCAAUUCCUACCAGGAGAUCAGGUGAUCACAGACCCAUCAGCAUUGCAUGGAGACAAGUAAUGUUUCUAGUUCCACGGUGGCUGACAUUGAUGAUAAUCCCACCAUUGCCGGCGGUGUUCGGGAUGUUUAUGGUGAGGAUAGAGCCACUGAGGAUCAGUUUGUUACUCCUUGGAGUGUUACUGUUGCUAGUGGAUAUACUUUGUUGAGAGAUCCACAUUUCAAUAAAGGACUGGCCUUCACCGAGAAAGAGAGGGAUGCACACUACUUGCGUGGUCUUCUUCCCCCAACAGUUAUUUCUCAAGAAAUUCAGGUAAAGAAAAUGAUCCAAAACAUAAGACAGUAUCAAGUUCCAUUGCAGAAGUACAUGGCAAUGAUGGAUCUUCAGGAGAGAAAUGAAGGGCUGUUUUACAAGCUUCUUAUUGAUCAUGUUGAGGAGUUACUCCCGGUUGUUUAUACUCCGACUGUUGGUGAAGCUUGCCAGAAAUAUGGGUCCAUCUUCAUGCAUCCUCAGGGACUUUAUAUAAGCUUGAAAGAGAAAGGAAGGAUUCUUGAAGUACUUAGGAAUUGGCCUGAGAAGAACAUUCAAGUCAUUGUUGUAACUGACGGAGAGCGGAUCUUGGGACUUGGGGAUCUUGGUUGUCAAGGGAUGGGAAUUCCAAUAGGAAAACUUUCUCUAUAUACAGCACUUGGUGGAGUUCGUCCUUCUUCGUGCUUGCCUAUUACCAUUGAUGUCGGUACAAAUAAUGAGAAGUUGUUGAAUGAAGAAUUAUACAUAGGGCUUAAACAUAGACGAGCAACUGGGAAGGAAUAUGCUGAACUUCUCGAAGAAUUCAUGACGGCAUGCAAGCAAAAUUACGGAGAAAAAGUCCUCAUCCAGUUUGAAGACUUUGCAAACCACAAUGCUUUUGAUCUACUUGAAAGAUAUAGGUCAACGCAUCUUGUUUUUAAUGAUGAUAUUCAGGGAACUGCAGCAGUGGUCCUUGCAGGAAUAGUUUCAGCUCUAAAUUUGGUUGGAGGAAGCUUGGGCGACCACCGGUUCUUGUUCCUUGGUGCUGGAGAGGCAGGCACUGGAAUAGCGGAACUCAUUGCACUCGAAAUAUCAAAACGGACAAAUUCCCCGCUGGAUGAAGUGAGCAAGAACAUUUGGUUGGUGGACUCAAAGGGUUUGAUUGUGAGUUCUCGCAAAGAAUCACUUCAACAUUUCAAGAAGCCAUGGGCUCAUGAACACGAACCUGUUGAGAAACUUGUAGAUGCUGUUAAACAAAUUAAGCCAACAGUGUUGAUUGGAACAUCAGGGCAAGGGAGAACUUUUACUCAGGAUGUUGUUGAAGCGAUGGCCUCUUUAAAUAAGAAACCUAUUAUUCUUGCUCUUUCCAACCCAACAUCUCAGUCAGAAUGUACUGCAGAAGAAGCUUAUACGUGGACUCAGGGACAUGCCAUUUUUGCUAGCGGUAGUCCAUUUUCCCCAGUUGAAUAUGAAGGAAAAGUGUUUGUACCUGGCCAGGCCAAUAACGCAUACAUUUUUCCUGGAUUUGGUCUCGGUUUAAUAAUGUCUGGUACAAUCCGAAUGCACGAUGGCUUGCUUCUGGCAGCUUCUGAAGCUUUGGCUUCACAGGUUACUCAAGAGCAUUAUGACAGGGGACUCAUAUACCCGCCUUUCACUAACAUCAGAAAGAUUUCGGCACACAUUGCCGCCAAAGUGGCAACUAAGGCUUAUGAGCUUGGCUUAGCCACUCGCCUUCCUCAACCAAAAGAUUUGGUGAAAUUUGCUGAGAGCUGUAUGUAUAGCCCAAAUUACAGAAGCUACCGGUGAAAUAACAUUAGUCCUUUUUUUCUUUCAAAUUUUUAGGAUUUUAUCAUGAGGAUUAUCUCCUUUUUAAUGUACCUUUUCUGC